UUUUUCUUAAGUUAUAAGAAGGCAUCUCACUAUCCUUUCUUGAAAUCCAGGAAACGUGGGUAGAAGACAUUCCAGAAGGCGAUUACAAAGUCUCGGUCAUGGUUGCUUGGAUCAUCCUCCGCAGCUUGAGCUUUUGCCUAGAAGUUUGCGACACAGACCCCGAAGGCGUGCUGAGUCCGUUGCCCCUCCUUACCACACUCUUGGGGUAUUGCCUCUAUUUACCAUUUGUGUGUACUGGCCCAUACAUGCCUUUUACAGACUUUCAAGCAGGACUCUUGCUUCCAUACAGAGAAUGGACACUAAAGAGAGUUCUUGGCAUGGUGCUACAAAUUAUAAGAUUUCUGUGGUGGAUGGGUUUCACUCAGGCUCUUCUGUUCCACUUCUAUGCCCAUUCAUUGCAUUUCACGCCAGAAUUAGUGAGGAAGAUGACUUCGUGGUCAAUGGCAGGCUUUGUGUAUUUUUUAACUGCAUUUUUGCAGCUGAAAUAUGUGGGUGAGUAUAAUCUAUGCUUUGGUCUGGAGCUAAUGAAUUGCCAAUAUGAAAAAGAAUCUCUGAUGCUUUUAGGAGGGCCUUUGAAUGGGAGGAGCCUUGUUUGUUUAUACAUUCCCUUACAUUUAUGUGCCUUCUUCUCAUUGAAUUUCUCCAAAAUCCUGAUCCUUGGUGACCUCUUGAUGACUGGUAGCCCCAUCCUCAGUCUUGAUGUAUCUGUUGUUAGAGUUGAAGAAGUUUUGGGAACCCUUGGAGAGACCAACAUUAGAUGUUUCCUCCUCAGCCACCAAUGUAGAUGGGUGCAGUUGAUUGAACCCAGGGAGACUUUUCCUACUUUUGUGUCCCAUUGGAGCCCCAGCCACUGUAGUGACAUUGUUGGUUCAAGUGCUAUUGACUGCAUCUGUGAUAGCCGUGGGAAGGUACGACCUCCGACAUCCCUGUACAUCAUGAAUACAGAUUCUCAGAUAUAG